ACCAAAAGGCUAGCGAACUGCAAAACCGGAUUAAUUUGCCAACGGUCGCGUGAGCUGCAUAUUUAAAGGAAAAUGUUGAUUUGGUCACAUAUUAUCCUUAGCAUCUGAGAAAUGGAAUGGGUCAUCAUCCUUCGUAAGAGCAAAGACUAUUAAUUGUGGAACUUGUAUACAACCAAAGUCAAUGUACAGUAGAGGUGAAUAGUGGCUUCAGAUUUAUUUAAGUAUCAAACGAUUCAAGGAUUCCACCGAGAUCAUACAUGGAAUUCAUCAUCACCAAUUAUGAAAAUUUGAUUCCAAAAUUGAAGAUAGCAAUUCUUGUUGUUGGAACAAGAGGAGAUGUUCAACCUUUUCUUGCUAUGUCAAAGAAACUACAGGAGUUUGGUCAUCAUGUUAGGUUGGCAACACAUGCAAACUUCCAAUCUUUUGUAGAAUCGGCUGGUGUAGACUUUUAUCCUUUGGGUGGUGAUGCUCGUAUCUUGGCAGCAUAUAUGGCAAGAAAUAAAGGUCUUAUUCCAUCAACACUUAGUCAAUUACUCACACAAAGUAAGCAAGUAAAGGAAAUUAUCGAAUCUCUUCUUCCAGCAUGCAUAGAACCAGAUCAAAAAACCAACCAACCUUUUCGAGCUCAGGCAAUCAUUGCAAAUCCUCCAGCAUGUGGACAUGCACACGUUGCUGAAGCUCUUGGUAUACCUCUUCACAUUUUCUUCACAAUGCCUUGGACCCCAACAUCUGAGUUCCCUUCCCCCUUGGCACCUGUUGCUCAAAGUGUUGGUAAUUGGCUAUCGUAUAUAAAUGUAGAUAUUUUUAUUUGGUGGGGCAUAAGAGGAUAUCUAAACGAAAUCAAAAGGAAGUUGACACUUGUCCCUCAGACUACUGGUAACUGGCUCUCAUAUAUAGUUGUAGAUCAUAUCAUUUGGUGGGGCAUAAGAGGAUAUAUAAACGAGUUUAGAAAGAAGUCGAAUCUUACUCCUAUUUCUUACUUAAGCAUGUAUCGUGAUUCAAUAUCUCAUUUCCCGACCGGAUACAUGUGGAGUCCUGAGGUCGUACCAAAACCAAGUGAUUGGGGUCCGUUGGUUGAUGUUGUUGGCUAUUGUUUCUUGAAUAUUGGUUCCGAGUAUCAACCACCCAUAGAAUUCACACGAUGGAUUGGAAGAGGAACAAGUCCGAUAUAUAUUGGGUUUGGAAGCAUGCCUAUUGAGAAUUCAAAAAGAACUACGAAUAUCAUUUUGGAGGCUUUGAAAAAAACGGGGCAAAGGGGAAUAAUUGACCAAGGCUGGGGAAAUCUUGGGACAUAUUCGAAAAUUUCAGAUGAUAUUUUUCUUUUAGUGGAUUACCCACAUGAUUGGUUGUUCCCUCAGUGUGCAGCUGUGGUUCAUCAUGGAGGCGCUGGGACGACUGCAACAGGAUUGAGAGCUGGGUGUCCUACAACCAUCGUUCCUUUCUUUGGAGAUCAAUAUUUUUGGGGGGAUAGAAUAUAUAAUAAAGGACUGGGGCCCACGCCAAUUCCAAUAUCUCAACUUACAGUUGAAGCACUUUCAGAUGCGAUAAAUUUCAUGCUACAACCCGAGGUUAAAGCUCGAGCAAUGGAUUUAGCGAAGCUAAUAGAGAAUGAAGAUGGUGUUGCUAAUGCCGUGAAUGCAUUCCACCGCCACUUGCCGCCAGAUAUGUUGUUGUCGCCACCUCCAUCUUAAAAGUAAGACCAUGAUGAUUAUCCAAACCCUUUGUAUGGUUGUUUACUUGGAUCAGGACUACACAGAUCACAUAAUAAAACUAUAUGUUGUACAAGAAUUUUGUGAUUCUUACUGGUAUUUCAGUUGUAUAAGUUUUAUGCAAAUCAACAACUAAGAAAAUUCACAAUUCAAAUAACGCAAAAUUAUACAUAGUUUAGUGCGGAAAAUAUAUACAAUCAGAUUUAGACUAGUUUGUUUUGGAUCUGGUACACAAAGACAAACAUGGUAAUAGUAGUAUGGAAAUCUGGAUUACUGGUA